UCCUACACUAGUCCAUACCCAAUGACGUAAUACAUUACAAAACAACAGAAGAUUGCGUGAACGAAACGGUUUCGACAAACUAAUAAAAAAGUGAUUUUCUGUAGAACUAGAAGAACGAUUCCUCAACCUAAUCAACAAUGAAUAUUCUACCAAAAAAAAGUUGGCAUGUUCUAAAAAAAGAAAAUAUAGAGAGAGUUAGGCGAGAUGAGGCCAAGGCUGCGGAGGAAGAAAAACAAAAGCAAGCACGAAUUGCACUUGCAGAACAAGAAGCAAGAACAGCAAGACUGCGUCAGAAGGCGAGAAAAAAUUAUAAUGAGGCAGUGAAGCAACAAGGGCAGCAAGGAGAUGACCUUGCUCUUGUUGCCAUUGAUGACCAGCCUAAAGGGCACAUAAACUUCUUCAAAGAUAUUCAAGAAGGGAAAAAAAUUGGAGGAGUAAAUGCUGAUCACGAAGCAGAAAAACAGGCUGAAAAAAUCAACUAUGAAAAGAAGAUUGGACUAUUGACCUACCUAGGUCAAAGUUCAGCAGAAGCGCAAACAGUAAAACCUUGGUACCAGGAAAGUAAACGCAAGCUAGCCAAGGCAAAUGAUAAGCUUACUACAGAAACUAGCUCAGUUGAUGUUAAACGGAAAAAACUACUGGACCCAAUGGAGGAAAUGAACCAGUAUCUUAGCAAGAAGUCAGUUAGUCAAUCAGGCCUAAAGAUGGCGCCAGACAGACUGAAGCCAAGUGUAGUCCAACCAAGUUCGAACACUGCAUCAAAAGUAGAACAACCUUCCAGGACUAAUGAUGAUGCUAUUAACAGAAGGCACCACUGCCGAAAAGAAGAUAAUAAAAGACAUAAGAAACAUGGAAAGUACAAAAGUGUUGAGGACUCAGAUUCAGAAAAGAAUAAGAAACACAAGAGACACAAAUCAAAACACAAAAAGAAACUCAAGAAACAUCACAGGAAACAUAGACAUCAAAGUCAUUCUUCAUCAAGCUCAAACAGUGAGGACUCUGGCAACACUCCUAAUACCACAAGUAACACUUCAAUUGAGAAACUCAGAGCAGAGCGUUUGAAGAGAGAGACUGCAGAGCGAGCUAAAACAGAAAGAUUGCUAUCUGGCAACACCGAGGAAACAUCAACAUCUCCUAUGAGUAUUCCAGAGAAAGUGGAAAGCACUAGAGGACGAUACAAUUCUCAAUUCCAUCCGGAACUGGCAAGGAAACGGCAUGACCGAAAAAACUUCUAUGUAUGAUAAAUAAUAGACUAGUGCGAUUUUAUAUUUACGUUGGUACAUCCUGCAAAGGUCCUAAUGGUCCGUAAGCACAGGGUAACGGGGGCUGUAUGAACCAGUACACCGGGUAAUCCCCUACUCGUUUCAAAAGAUUCACUUGGUUCUUUAAAGUGCACAUGAGCCAAUUGUUUACACUAAGCCUACGGUUUAUAGUCCUUUACUGAGAAGACAUGUUCCACCUCAAGAACCACAGGCAAGCGUGGCCCCUGCCGUAACUGCUCGGCCAUUCGGGCUUUCUUGCAUACCUCAACAAAUGCACUGUGUGCCCGAAAGUCAUAUUAAUGUACAAAUCUCUAGUGCUGAAUGUCUCUCUAUUAAAUGUGCAGGUUUUUAUAUUAUUAUUUGGUACAUGUUGAAAAUCAAGAAGGAAGUGCUGAUCAGGAGCCUGGGAACCCUUUGCUGCCAUGCAUACCACUUAGUCAGUACACCUGGACAAAUCCGCAUUACUAUGCACGCAGGACCAGCGACUAAGUAUUCCGUUAAUUACCGAUUCUACAGAGUGGUGUGCGCUGGUUUCAGUGAAAAUAGCAGUUGCAACUGGAUAAUGUUUUUAAUAAUAUACUCAACUUGAUGCACUGUUUUACAGCAUUGGUCUUACAGGGACUAUUUUAAGAUUUUCUGCAAUGGAUUCAAUGUAAAAAUAAAAAAAUAGAUAA